AUGUUCCCUGGUAGUAAGGCCAAAGAACCAUUACUGUACGAUGUACGAAUCAAGGGAGCUGAUCAUGGGGUUAUUUUACUGAAGGGAUCUGCGAGCGAGGCUCCAUCUGUGCUGCUUUCUGGAACUAUUGUUCUAUCUGUUCAGGAACCAAUCCAAUUUAAAAACAUGUCAUUGAGAUUGUAUGGUAAGAUUCGACUGAAUAUUCCUACUCAGUAUAAGACGUCGAAGGGAAUGGCUGAAAGAUAUGUCAAGUACGAGAAGCGUGUCUAUGAGCAUACAUGGGAUAAUUUCAAUGUUGAGAACUACUUUCAAAAUCUGUAUGAUAACUAUGGUAGAAAGACUUCUAUUGCCAGUAAAUCCUCGGGCAAUCUGUCAUCUCUGCCAAGGAAGGCUAAAUCUUCCACAGCAUCCUUAAUAUCCCUGGCAGGUCAAUCGAGUUCCAGUUACCAUACUCUAGUCAAAGGUAAUUAUGAGUUUCCCUUUAGUGCCAUUCUGCCAGGCUCAAUUACCGAAAGUGUCGAAGGUUUACCAAAUGCAUCGGUCGUUUAUAAGCUUGAAUCGGCGAUCGAGCGAAUGAAGUUCCAUACGGAUCUCAUCUGCAGGAAGCACUUGAGAGUAGUGCGUACGCUUUCUCCUGAUGCUUUAGAACUAUCGGAAACUGUCGCGGUAGACAACACUUGGCCCAAUAAAGUUGAUUAUUCUAUUUCCAUCCCAGCGAAAGCGAUAGCUAUUGGAUCUGCUACCCCAGUUCACGUCUUAGUCGUUCCUUUACUGAAAGGUUUGAAAUUAGGACCUAUAAAGAUUACCAUGGUAGAGCAUUCCCAGUAUUGUGGCUCUUUUGGAUCAGUCUCAACUCAAGAAAGAAUUGUAAAUAAAAUGAGGAUAAAGGAUCCUUUGGAUCAUAUGAAUGAGGAUAAUGAAACUAACAAUGAGAACGAUGACGAUUUUUCGUUCCAGGAUCGUUGGGAAGUCAAUACGACGUUUCAAAUUCCGCCUAGUUUAUCCAAGUGUACACAGGAUUGCACCCUUCUCAAUAGUAUCAAAGUCAGGCACAAAUUAAAGUUCGUUAUAUCUCUAGUGAAUCCUGAUGGGCAUGUUUCAGAGCUUCGUGCUUCUUUGCCUGUACAACUGUUUAUGUCACCUUUUGUUGCACUUGGUGUCAAGAAAUCUGACGGUGCUUACGGUAGCGCGAACAAUUCCAUGACCGAUGUCAGUAGUUUGGCUCGUAAUCAGAAUGACAUUGUGGAUGAAGAAGAUGAUGAUGAUGUGAUAUUUGCUGGACCAGCAUCGGAAAUGGACCCAUCUGCGGUGAAUAACAACGGUUCAUCUGCUACUCCCUCUAUGUCCCAACUUAUGUCGCCACCAAACUAUGGAAACCACGUCUAUGAUAGAUUGUGGAGUGAUGUUUCUGUUCCCAAUACCCCACCGAGAUCUGGUAGCCAAACGCCAUUGGAGACCUUCCGCGAAGGCUCUGUUCUUGACAAUGCGCACGAUAUGAGUCAACUACAACUGAAUCUGCGAAGGCUUCAUGUUGAAAGAGAAAAUGGUGAAACGGCAGAAUCUGGAUCUGCUGAAACGCCUCCCAUACAAAUCGAGUCAGACCAAGGUGUCAGUAUUAAUGUCCCUCCUGGUAUUCCACCUGCCUCUUAUCAUGCGUCAAUGGAAGCACAGCCUUCGUUCAGAGACCAAGAGAGUCCAAUGAUCACACCACCUUCUAUUCAGAUGGCCAAAGAAGACUCAUUUUGUCAACCAAGGACAGGGUCUCCAUUGAAAAAGGACUGGGAAAUGGGCAAUUUGAGUCGUGUACCUUCAUAUGAUAAAGCAAUGAAGUCAGACAUGUAUGGUGACGAUCUGCCACCUCUCUAUCCCUCAGAGUCAGGCCGCCGCAACAAAGGUCAUCAAUUGGAGAGACCUCAGAUAGUGCAUCACAAAUCCUCUUCAUAUUUAUCAUUGCAUGCAAAUGGUGGUCAGGCAGCUCGAACUCCAUUGGCAAGAAGUAACAAUAGCUCAUCAAGCUCCCUAAACAUACUGCCAACUACCAGUAAUCCAGAUAACUCUAAGAAUUCACCGGGAUCUAGUUCGGGUGGAAAUAACAAAGGUCAAUCGGCAAGCAGGUACUAUUCAUUUGGCAUGACGCCGGUCGGCACGGAAAAUGAAUCUUCAACGAGUCUUCACGUUCAGAGAACACCGUCAAGAGGACAUUUGGGAGAAAAAUCUAGUUCAUUCUCGAGCCUGAUAGGAUUAUUAUCUAAGAAGGAUAAGAAAUGA